AAGCAACUGAAGAUGGUAAGAGAACAGUAUCUGACAGCCACUGAGGGCACCCUCAUAGAGAGGCCGGAGAACCAGUGCAUCUACAACAUCGGCAUUUAUGGCUGGAGAAAGCGCUUCCUCUACCUCUUCGUUCUUCUCUUAAUCAUCAUCUUCAUUGUGAAUUUUGCCCUUACAAUUUGGAUCCUUAAAGUGAUGUGGUUCUCUCCAACAGGAAUGGGUCACUUGCAUGUAAGAAGUGAUGGACUUCGCUUAGAAGGAGAAUCUGAAUUUUUAUUCCCACUGUAUGCCAAAGAAAUACACUCCAGAGUGGACUCAUCUUUGCUUCUACAGUCAACUCAGAACGUCACAGUCAAUGCACGCAACUCAGAAGGGCAGGUCACAGGCAGGUUAAAAGUGGGUCCCAAAAUGGUAGACAUCCAGAGUCAGCAGUUUGAAAUCCUCUCUGCAGAUGGCAAGCCACUAUUUACUGCUGAUGAAAAGGAGGUUGCAAUUGGCACAGAUAGACUUCGAGUCACCGGACCUGAGGGGGCUCUUUUUGAACACUCAGUGGAGACUCCCCUUGUCAGAGCUCAUCCAUUUCCAGAUCUUAGGCUAGAAUCUCCCACACGGAGUCUGAGCAUGGAUGCCCCAAAAGGGAUUAAUAUAAAAGCUCACGCUGGGAAAAUUGAGGCUCUUUCUCAAAUGGACAUCCUUUUGCAGAGUAGUGAAGGAAUGCUUGUGAUUGAUUCGGAAACCCUGUGCUUACCCAAGCUGGGGCAGGGGACCUGGGGCCCCUCUGGCAGCUCACAGGAACUGUAUGAGGUCUGCGCAUGUCCAGAUGGGAAGCUGUACCUGACCAUGGCUGGUGUGAGCACCACGUGCCAGGAGCACAGUCACAUCUGUCUCUGAGCCACUGUCUAUCUCAGGGUACCAAUCUUGUUUGAGAAGCUGAGAAGUAUACCCUUGAGUUUUUACAUUUGGAGAGGAGGCCAGAAAGACAUUCUGCAAGUCUGGGACAAGAUGUGGGAAAAGAUGUACUUUCCAAAAGAACUCAAGAGAGCAAAACAUGCCAACCUGAGUGUUUGGCCAAGACAACAUGACUUCAAACGCGUGGAUUAGACACAAAAGCAAAGCAACGUCAAGAGUGUUAAUUGCUUUACAUGAUUGGCUGCUUUUCAUCAAAAACAUGGUGACUUUCCUCUUCCUAGCCUCCCUCCCACAAAGUCAAUGUUCAAGGAAAUGUUGAGUUGCUGUGUAGAAUUAAUUUCUGAUAUUUAACAGCAGAUAUCUAAUACUUCACAAAAGUAGCACUGAUUCAUACAGAAAUGAGCCCAAGGCUGGGUGCCAAUGCCAGAGGCUCAUGCCUAUAAUCCU